GGCCGCGGCCCUUCGCCCCGCCGAGCCCUCCCCCCGGCCUCCCGCCGCCCCGGCCGGCGACCCGUCCCCGAGUGCGUCCCCGAGCGCGCUCCAUGGCGGCAGCGCGACCCACCGGCUCCCGGAGCGGGGCCCUCUGCCGGCAGCUCUUGCUGACCCUCACGAUCUUAACAUUUGCCAGUGAUGCCUGCAAAAAUGUAACACUACAUGUUCCCUCUAAACUAGACGCUGAGAAAUUUAUUGGGAGAGUUAACCUGAAGGAGUGCUUUAAAUCUGCAAAUCUAAUUCAUUCAAGUGAUUCUGAUUUCCAAAUUUUAGAAGAUGGUUCAGUCUAUACAACAAAUGCUAUUCUUUUGUCCUCGGGGAAGAGAAGCUUUACCAUAUCACUUUCUAACACUGAGAACCAGGAAGAGAAGAAAAUAUUUGUCCUUUUAGAGCAUCAAACAAAGGUAUUGAAGAAAAGGCAUUCUAAAGAAAAAGUUCUAAGACGUGGCAAGAGAAGAUGGGCUCCUAUUCCUUGCUCAAUGCUAGAGAAUUCCUUGGGUCCUUUCCCACUUUUCCUUCAACAGGUUCAAUCUGACACAGCACAGAACUACACCAUAUACUAUUCCAUAAAAGGUCCUGGAGUUGACCAAGAACCUAAGAAUUUAUUUUAUGUGGAGAGAGAUACUGGAAACCUGUAUUGUACUCGUGCUGUAGAUCGUGAACAGUACGAAUCUUUUGAGAUAGUUGCCUUUGCCACAACUCCAGAUGGGUAUACCCCAGAACUUCCACUGCCCAUGGUAAUCAAAAUAGAGGAUGAAAAUGAUAACUACCCAAUUUUUACAGAAACAACCUACAUUUUUACAGUAUCUGAAAACUGCAGAGUUGGUUCUACUGUGGGACAGGUAUGCGCAACUGACAAAGAUGAGCCUGACACAAUGCACACACGCCUGAAGUACUCCAUCAUUGAGCAGUUGCCAGCGUCACCCACCCUAUUCUCCAUGCAUCCAAAGACAGGUGUGAUCACCACAACAUCCUCUCAGCUGGACAGAGAGUUUAUUGAUAAAUAUCAAUUGAAAAUAAAAGUACAAGACAUGGAUGGUCAACAUUUUGGUUUGUACACAACUUCUACUUGUAUCAUUAAUAUUGGAGACGUGAAUGACAACUUGCCAACAUUUACCCGCUCUUCUUAUGUGACAUCAGUGGAAGAAAAUACAAUUGAUGUGGAAAUCUUACGUGUUACUGUUGAGGAUAAAGAUUUAGUGAAUACUGCUAACUGGAGAGCUAAUUAUACCAUUUUAAAGGGCAAUGAAAAUGGGAAUUUUAAAAUUGUAACAGAUCCCAAAACCAAUGAAGGAGUUCUGUGUGUAGUUAAGCCAUUGAAUUAUGAAGAAAGGAAACAAGUGAUCCUACAAAUUGGUGCAGUUAAUGAAGCUCCAUACUCCAGAGACGCUAGCUCUAGAUCAGCCAUGAGCACAGCGACAGUCACUGUGAGUGUGAAAAAUCAGGAUGAGGGCCCUGAGUGUAGCCCUUCAGUGCAAACUGUUCGAAUUAGUGAAAAUGCACCAGUGGGAACAGCAAGCAGUGGAUAUAAAGCAUAUGACCCAGAAACAAGAAGUAGCAGUGACAUAAGAUACAAGAAAUUGAAUGAUCCAAAAGGGUUGGUCACCAUUGAUGAAAAUUCCGGAUCAAUCAAAGUUUUCAGAAGCCUAGAUAGAGAGGCAGAGUUCAUCAAAAAUGGCAUAUAUAAUAUUACAGUUGUUGCAUCAGAUCGAGUUGGGCGAUCAUGUACUGGGACACUGGGAAUUAUCCUUGAAGAUGUGAACGAUAACGGCCCAGCCAUAACUAAACCCACGGUGACCAUCUGCAAACCCGUCAUGUCGGCUGCGGAGAUCGUUGCUGUUGAUCCUGAUGAACCCAGGAACGGCCCACCCUUUGACUUCAGUUUGGAGACUUCUGACUCAGAAGUACGGAGAAUGUGGAGACUGACAAAAAUUAAUGAUACAGCAGCACGUCUUUCCUAUCAGAAUGAUCCUCCAUUUGGACAAUAUGUAGUUCCUGUCAAAGUUUCAGAUAGACUUGGCCAGUCUAAAGUCACUUCAUUGACUGUUACACUAUGUAACUGCGUUACGGAAAAUGAUUGCACAUACCGUGUAGGUCCAAGAGUCGGCGGAGGAGAAGUAAAACUUGGAAAGUGGGCUAUCCUUGCAAUAUUGUUGGGCAUAGCAUUGCUAUUUUGUAUCCUGUUUACGUUAAUCUGUGGGGCUUCUAGGACGGCCACACAACCAAAAGUGUUUCCUGAUGACUUAGCCCAGCAGAACCUAAUUGUAUCAAACACGGAAGCGCCUGGAGAUGACAAAGUGUGUUCCAUGAAUGCCUUCACAACCCAUACUGUGGGCACUUCUGCUCAGGGAAUUUGUGGCACCGCAGGAUCAGGAGUCAGACAUGGAGGGCAGGAGACCAUUGAGAUGGUGAAAGGAGGGCAGCAGACCUUGGAAUCCUGCCAGGGAGCUGGGCACCAUCACACCCUGGAUCCCUGCAGGGGAGGACACGUGGAGGUGGACAGCUGCAGAUACAAUUACUCAGAGUGGCACAGUUUCACUCAGCCCCGUCUCGGUGAAAGGGUGCAUCUGUGUAACCAGGAUGACAAUCACAAGCAUGCGCAAGACUACGUCCUGACGUAUAACUAUGAAGGAAGAGGGUCGGCGGCUGGGUCUGUAGGUUGUUGCAGUGAACGACAAGAAGAAGAUGGACUUGAAUUUUUGGAUAAUUUGGAACCCAAAUUUAGGACACUAGCAGAAGCAUGCAUGAAGAGAUGAGUGUGUUCUAAUAAGUCUACAAAGCCAGUGGCUUUAUCAUUUUUUUUUUUUUUUGUAAUUACAAAGCAGAAUUUUUUUAAAAACAGAAGAUGCUAUGUUUGGGGCUUUUCUCCCUUUACUUUGGUGGAAUCUCUUUGGCCAAAUGUACAUUUGCAGAGAGACACUGUAAAUAAGCACACAAAUUUUCAAUUUUUAUGUAGUUUUUAAUUACUUGUCUUCCACCUAAGGAGAUACAUAAAUAGAAAAUUUAAGAAAGUCUGCAUUGUUGGUUACAUUUGGGUAUAAUAACAACAGCCAAUUUAUAGUGCAAUAAAAUGUAGUUAAUUCAA